AUGAGCGAAGCAACCGAAGAAAGAAUGAUUGUUGAGCGUGAUGUGCCCAUUCUCAUGGAUGAUGGGCUUGAACUUCGUGCGGACAUCUUCAAACCGGCGGAAGGUGACCGCUUCCCUGUUCUGAUAUCGCUGGGCCCGUACGGAAAAGGAUACAAGUGGGAGGUUGGCUGGACCCCAUCAUGGAAAUCCUUUUGGGCCAAGCAUCCUGACGCUCUACCGGGAUCGACACAUGCGCAUCUGAUAUGGGAGUGCGUCGACCCAGAAGUGUGGACUGACUUUGGGUACUCAACCAUUCGAAUUGACUCGCGAGGAGCUGGCCGCAGUCCUGGGGUUCUCGACACCUUUGGACCUCGAGAAGUUCAAGACUACUACAACGCGAUCGAAUGGGCUGGGACACAGCCUUGGAGUAACGGAAACGUCGGAAUCGCCGGCAUUUCGUAUUUCGCCAUGAACCAGUGGCUGGUUGCAUCUUUGCAGCCGCCUCAUCUCAAGGCUAUGAUCGCGUGGGAAGGCUCGGCCGACUUCUAUCGCGACACAACUCGGCACGGCGGUAUCUUGUCCAACGGGUUUUUGAGAUAUUGGUAUGAUAAGCAGGUCGCCUUGCUGCAGCACGGCAACCCAAAGGGGCCAGAAGACCCUUGGCUGGGGGCUAGGUCGACGGGACCCUUGGAGCUGUCGGAACUGGAGCUCCAGAAGAAUCGCGUGGAUGCUGUGGAAGCUCCCUUGCGCAUGGAGUGGGAUUGUGAGUGGUACCGAGAGCGGUCGCCGGUAUGGUCCAAGAUCAAGGUGCCUUUCGUCAGCGCUGCAAACUGGGGAGGUAUGGGACUCCACCAACGUGGCAACUUCACAGCCUUUGAGGAGGCGGCCUCGAGCGACAAGUGGCUGGAAAUCCACCCCGGAAAGCAUGAGGAAGCAUUCUACCUGGACUAUGCGGUAGAGCUGCAAAAGCGAUUCUUCGACCACUACCUAAAGGGUAUCGACAAUGGAUGGGAAAAGGAAGAGCGCGUGCGAAUGAAGAUCCGACAACCCUUCACCGAAGACUUCCAUGAGCGUCGCGCCGACAUAUGGCCACUACCCCAGGUGAAAUGGACCCAGUUGCAUAUUUCUGUCGGCGACAGAGCUCUCGCAUGGGAGGCAGUAUCGAGCAAAAGCCAGGUAACCUUCGACGCGCUUGGGGCACCCUUGAUCCUGAAGUCUCAGCCACUCGCUGAAGAGAUAGAAAUCGCCGGCCCCCUCGCAGCAAGGCUGUUUAUCUCCUCCACAACCACAGAUGCAGACAUCUUCCUCACCCUCCAGGCGUUCUCGCCGUCUGGGGAGGAGGUUGAUUUCCAGGGCAGCCACGACCCUCACACACCGCUUGCUCAGGGUUGGCUGCGCGCGUCCCAUCGCAAGCUCGACCCCGAGCGCAGCAAGCCUCACCAGCCCUACCACACGCACGACGAACAUUGGCCCCUCGAGCCUGGCAAGGUGACAGAAGUCCACAUCGAGAUUUGGCAGACUGGCAUCGUUCUUCCACCUGGGUACACGCUGGCUUUACAGGUCAGCGGCCAUGAUUUUGAACGAGGUAAACCUAUAGUGGGAGGGGAAAUGGUGCUGGACGGGGUUGGGCCAUUCCGUCACACACACCCUGUGGACCGUCCAAUCGAGAAGUUCGGUGGUAAGACCACCAUUCACAGCGGUGGAGACCAUUGUUCUUAUCUUCUGGUCCCGAUUGUUUCUGUAUAG